CAGAUCUAGCUUGCGGGAAGUGUAAAUUAGAAACAGCAGGCAAAACAAAAGGGCAAAUAACAAACUUCAGAAAUGAAAGAUCCAAUAAUAAUAUUAUAAAAAUAUUAGUAUGUAUACAUAGACUCAUUUAAACGGUCGGGAUUAUAAUUUAUUUAAAAUCGGCUUAUCCGAAUGCGUUUUUUAAAAGAAGGCAAGUUUCCAGACUCCGUCUAAAUGCCAUUAAACUCGUAAGAAAAGCUACAUUUUAUAUACUGAUCGCUUCAAUCAGUGGUUCGCAGUGUAGGAAAAAUGGAUUUGCUGCUUUGUCGGCUAGGAUGGAUUUCUUUCUGGAUAACAUUGACAGCAAGUGUGCGUAUUUUAGAGAUCCCACCGAUAAAUUGCACUCAGAACGGCCUGAAGUGCACUGCUGUGAAAAGUAAUUGCUUGCAUAGUAGUUGGCUUCAGUUCAUGGAUUGCACUCCCACUAAUCCCCUGUGGAAAUCUGAACCGGAGGUCGGGAUCAGAAUGGAUGAGAAUGGGGAUGAGGUGCCUGUGAUGGUAAUCAAUUGGAGAGCACAGAUUGAUGGAAGCAUUCGAUGUCUGAAUGGGACACAGGUUCAUGUCCUGAAGUUAUCCAACAAUGAUCACUUCUGUGUUCAGUUUAUCUUCCAAAAUGAACUGAAAAACAUGUUAAAUCCAGAUGGGAACGCAUGGUCAUUUUCAUUGGACAGGAUUGUUGCUGAGCCGGGACACACAUAUAUGAUCUCUGUGUCUAACCUGCCUAAGCCCAACAUAGGGGCUGACUAUUACCACAUCGCAAAAAAUCUUUCAGUUCCAGAGUGCAGUGACCACAGGAUAAGGAGAACUAAAUUGUGUCAGCAAAAAGGAAGCCUAUGGGAGUCCAAUAUUAACUUGGUUGUUAGUGGAGAAGAUGCCACCAUUCAUUUUAACACUGGGAACUACUCUGAGAAGUAUGUUGUGUUCUUCAAGUGCUCUGAAAAUGAUAAGGAUCACAAGUCAGUUAUGAAGGAGAAUCAGACGUCACGCAGUGUGACAUUUUCCUUGUCAAAAUGGUCACCAACAUGCUGUAAUUUCAAUGUGGAGGUUCAGCCCUUUUUUGUAGGAUGUGAAAAUGACUGUAUUCGACACAGGAAAAGUUUCAGCUUCUGUCAAGUAGAACACAUGGCAACAAAAGGUACAGAUGACCCAAAUGUACAACCAAACAAGUUUCCUUACUGGGUAAUUCCAGCACUGGGAGGAGUUCUUGCUUUGGUCGUGGCUUGUUUCUUCUUUUUAGUGUGCAGAAAAAGAAGAAAAGAGCUGGCAAAACUUGCAACUCCUUCAGAAGGUGUGGAACCAUUAAUCCACAAUGUAAACCUGGAUGCCCCAAGGAGACCAAGGAAGGUUCUUAUUCUCUACUCAUUAGACCAUCCCUUGUACAAAGAAAUUGUGCUCAAGCUCUAUGCCUUCCUGAAGGCAGAAUGCGGCAUCGAGGUCAUUCUGGAUCUACUGGACACCACUUGGUUAGGAGUUGUAGGCCGCAUGCAAUGGCUGGAUUGGCAGAAACAGCAGAUCGAGAAAUCAUCCGACAAAAUCCUAAUCCUUUGCUCACGGGGCAUUCGGGCAAAGUGGGAAGCAAUGUGUGGCAACGGGAAGGUGUUACUGAAGGAGGACGUCCGCUCUUCCAUGGGAGAUAUGCUCACCCCAGCCCUUAGUCUCAUCAUCCCCGACUUCCUGGGGUCAGCGUCAUUUGGAAAGUACAUGGUGGCAUAUUUUGAGGAUGUGAGCUCUGAGCAGGAUAUCCCCGGGCCCUUCCGCAUUACUGUCAAAUACAAGCUAAUGAAGCACUUUGAAGAGAUCUACUUUCGCAUUGUGGACAAGGAGAAGCAUGAGCCAGGAAGAAUUAACCGUGUGGAAGGUAUAUCACAGGAUGAGUACUGUAAAAGGCCCUGUGGGAAAGCUUUGCAGGAUGCCAUUGACGCUUUCCAAGCGUAUCAGGUGGAGAAUCCAGACUGGUUUGAACAGGAGUGUGUGGACAGCGAGGAGGAAGUAGCAGAGUCCUACCCUGUGGAUACUGCUGCCAACUCUGUUCUUUGCUGUGUGCCACAGUUAAAAGAAGGGCUGCCCAUCCUCAUUAAUGAAGUAGGAAUACUUAGGGACACUGAAGAACUUUAUGCGGUGACCCCCCUUGUACAAGACGAAGGGGAAAGCUUAUUGUCAUGUGUGGUUCUCCCAGGCGUUCAUCCAGAUAACUAUCAGGUAUUGACAUCUCAGCCAGUCAUUCAAGAUACUCCUGGCAUCUUGAGACUUGAAGUCAAUUCUUCACCCCUACAAAGGCCAGAAUUCCUGAUAGCUGAACCAGCAGUGCAAGAUCCACUUAUUCCAGAAAUGAAUUAUCUGCAGCUGAAGGAGGAGAUAGCAAUGCAGAAUGACCCUUUGAAUAGCAAUGAACAGUCACCCCUGACACCAAGUCAUCUCUCACCUGAAGUGCUUAAGUCCUUACAUGCUCUCCAGCUAUCACAGGGUUCCUUUGCAGAGCCACCUCUGUCUUCUUUAGAGGAUGGGUAUGAACUGAAGGAACAAGGCAAUAGAGAACUGGGGCUAUACCAUGGAAAGAGGCCAUCAAGUGGAUCUGACCAAGGCUAUAUCUCAAGGAGCUCCCUAACCCAGGACUCCUCAACUGGAGGAGAUAUGUGUGAUCCUUUGAUUGAAUUAAGGCGACUGCAGGAAGAAUGUUUCCUCAACAGUCUGAACACCUAAGUCCUUGAUACUGUUUGUUAAAACAAUUUUUUUUUUAAACUUGGAGAUCAGUAAAUGGGAGAAUCACUUCCAUCUUAAACAAUGAAAUUGUUGACAAACUGAAAUUCUGUCCUUUAAAAAUCAAAUUGGAUCAGAGGUUUAACAACGAUUUAGUAGAUUUGUAUUAAAUACAUUUAAAAGCCUUCGCUUAAAUAUUCUAAGGAGAUAAUGCUGCCAUAGGUUAUGAUGAAAAUGCAUUAAUUCACAGACGGUGCAAGGAUUUCCUGUUAUGAAAUCUAGGUUUUGCAUAUUGCAUGUAAAUGUAUAGUUGAUGUUGCAUCUAAAAUGAGACAUAUACAUGUCAAGAAGUGGGUGUGUGGGGGAGCAAGAUUGCAGAGGGGGCUGAUUAAACAGUGUGAUGCUAGAAGGUAUGGCUAAAGCAAUCUACUAUUACUGUAACUAACUCAAUCCUCAGUAAUAAGUCUGAGAAGUUUUAGUUGAACUACAAAAUAUGCACCGGCGACAACCUAGACUAUUUGAAACAAUAUAACGACGAAUACUAUAAAAGACUUUGCGCGAUGAAAACAGUGGAAACGCCAAAAAGUGAAAGAGCUGGCAAAAUUUACGGCAUUCCUCUACAGAUAUAGAAGGACUGUCUGUAGGGGUUAGUGUUAGUGUAUUUCUGUCCAUAAACUCUGAAACCCUUGAUUACGGAAUAUAUUCUUCAUAAGAAAAUAUAAGGUUUGAGAAAUAAUUUGGAAUUUAAAUCGAAUCGCUCUGUAAGGUAAACCAAACCCUAAAGAACACCAUUAAACACUCGCGACACAAAUGGAUGUUGUAAUGAAUGUAAUGUAUGAUUCUUGACAUAAGGUACAAUCUUUUCAAGACUACCCGAAAUCACACCAGAUAAUUCAGAAAAAAAAA